UAUUUUCAUUUAUUUUUCCCAUCUCUUCUUGCUAGCAACGCUUUCGGCGCGUUCCGUUAAAAUGGCUGUUACUGAGAGUGGAAACCCAAAGCAAGAGCAAUCGUAGUGGGUACAACUGCAUCCAGUAGUAUCGCUGGCGUCUGAUAAGGAAAACUAAAGACUGCAACGCAAUGGCUGCCCUAGAUCAAAAGUCCCCCAACGUCCUCCUUCAAAGUCUCUGCUGCAGGAUCACUGGGAAGAGCGAAGCUGAAGUAGCCCACCAGUUCCAGUAUGCUGUGAGAGUCGUCGGGAGUAACUAUGCUCCCACCAUUGAGAGGGAUGAGUUCCUAGUGUCAGAGAAGAUCAAAAAAGAACUGCUGAAGCAGAGGAGAGAGGGUGACGCUGCCCUGUUCUCUGAGCUCCACAGAAAGCUGCAGACUCAGGGGGUGCUGAAACACAGGUGGUCCGUCUUAUACCUGCUGCUCAGUCUCUGUGAGGACCCCAGGAAACCGUCCAGGGUUGGCAGCUAUGGGGCGCUGUUUGCCCAGGCCCUCCCCCGGGAUGCCCACUCCACCCCGUUCUACUGCACCCGACCUGGGAGCCUGCCCCUCAGCUACCCCGAGCGCUCGGGGCCUGGGGGCGUCCAGAUCUCCACCAGCAUGGGCACCAGUGGCAUCAGCAGCCUGGGGGUGUACUCCCUCAACGGGCCCACACCCACCCCUCAGCCCCUGCUGGCCGGACACCCACCCCAGACAGCAGGGCAGCAGCUGGGCUCUCGGCUGGCGUGGGCCCUCCCCAACUCCUCCGCCCUUGCACCUACCUCACGGGCCCCGCUCGCCCCCUCACCCCUGUCCACCCGGGCCCCCAGGCCACGCCAUGACGGGGACCUCACUGCGGAGGUUGGUGAGGCUGCACUGGUCAGAGACAUCCUGUAUGUCUUCCAGGGGAUCGACGGCAAGUUCAUUAAGAUGAGCAACGCAGACAACUGCUACAAGAUUGACUCCAAGGUGGUUCUCUGUAAGUCUCUGAGGGACACCAGUAGCCGAUUGGCUGAGCUGGGCUGGCUCCACAACAAGAUCAGGAAGUACACUGACUCGCGCAGUCUGGACCGAGCCUUCGGCCUGGUGGGACAGAGCUUCUGUGCCUCCCUGCAUCAAGAACUGAAGGAGUACUACAGACUUCUGGCAGUGCUGCACUCACAGUUGCAGGUGGAGGAUGACCAGGGAGUGAACCUGGGAGUGGAGAGCAGUCUGACCCUCAGACGUCUCCUAGUCUGGACCUACGACCCUAAAGUCCGCCUCAAAACCCUGGCUGCCCUCGUUGACUUCUGCCAAGGGAGGAAGGGAGGGGAACUGGCGUCAGCGGUCCAUGCCUAUGGGAAGACAGGGGACCCUCAGAUGAGAGCUCUGGUGCAGCACAUCCUCAGCCUGGUGUCACAUCCCAUCCUCAACUUCCUCUACCGCUGGAUCUACGACGGAGAGCUGGAGGACACUUACCAUGAGUUCUUUGUGGCGUCUGAUCCCACGGUGAAGACGGACAGACUGUGGCACGACAAGUACUCACUGAGGAAGUCCAUGAUACCCACCUUCAUCACCAUGGACCAGGCCCGCAAGGUUCUGCUCAUUGGAAAGUCCAUUAACUUCCUGCAUCAGGUGUGCCAUGACAGAACCUCACCAGGGAAAAUCACCCCGGCCUCCAAGUCUACAGACUCUCCCAAAGAUGCCGCAGAGCUGUUAUCAGACCUGGAGGGGGCGUUCCAGGGGAAGAUAGAUGCAGCCUACUUUGAAACCAGCAAGUACCUGCUGAAUGUGCUCAACCAGAACUAUCUGCUGCUGGAGCACCUGCAGGCCAUGAGACGAUACCUGCUGCUGGGCCAGGGAGACUUCAUACGCCACCUCAUGGACCUGCUAAAACCAGAGCUGGCCCGCCCAGCCACCACUCUGUACCAACACAACCUGACAGGCAUCCUGGAGACAGCCGUGAGGGCCACCAACGCCCAGUAUGACAACGCUGAGAUCCUCAAGAGACUGGACGUACGCCUGCUGGAGGUGUCUCCCGGGGAUACAGGCUGGGACGUCUUCAGUUUAGACUACCACGUAGAGGGUCCUAUCGCCACGGUGUUCACACGGGAGUGCAUGAGCCACUACCUGCGGGUGUUCAACUUCCUGUGGCGAGCCAAGCGUAUGGAGUACAUCCUCACCGACAUCUGGAAGGGACAGAUGUGUAAUGCCAAGCUGCUUAAGAGCAUGCCAGAGCUGUCUGGCGUGCUGCACCAGUGCCACAUCCUGGCCAAUGAGAUGGUCCACUUCAUCCACCAGAUGCAGUACUACAUCACCUUCGAGGUCAGGGGCCGUACUUUCUUUUCUUCUUCCUCUCUAAUCUUCUCACUCCUCUCACACUCUCCCUCCUCCCCUGUCUGUCUGGGUCUCUGGCUGUGUGUGUGUGUACAGGUGCUAGAGUGUUGUUGGGAUGAGUUGUGGAACAAGGUAGAGAAGGCCCAGGAUCUAGACCACAUCAUCGCUGCCCAUGAAGGAUUCUUAGACUCUGUCAUCUCCCGCUGCCUACUGGACACCAACAGCAGGUCCUUGUUGAACCAGCUGAGGGCGAUCUUUGACCAGAUCAUAGAGUUCCAGAGUGCCCAGGACUCUCUGUACCGCUCUGCCCUGGAGGAACUCACCCUGCGGCUGCAGUACGAGGAGCGGAAGAAGCAGAGGGAUUCUGAGGGUGAGUGGGGCGUGACGGCUGAACAGGAGGCAGAGGAGAACAGGAGGAUCCAAGAGUUCCAGGAAACCAUACCAAAAAUGCGCUCUCAGCUACGGAUACUAACACACUUCUACCAGGGCAUAGUGCAGCAGUUCUUGGUGCUGAUAAUGACUAGUCCAGACGAGAGCCUGCGCUUCCUCAGCUUCAGACUGGACUUCAACGAGCACUACCGGGCCAGAGACCCCCGUCUGAGGGCCUCACUGGGGGCCACCAGGGGCCGACGGCCCUCCAACAUCUGACCUGACGCACACCACCAUGUCACAACAUAGAGACAGAGAGCCACAUGGAAUCUGCCUUGAUAGUAUUUAUAUAUGACAUGAAGAUGACAUCAAAGUAGGGCUAGAUGGAAUCUGUUGUGAUGACAUCACAAUAGAACCAGACAGAACAUUGACAUCACAAAAGAGCCAGACAGAAUCUGUUGCGAUGACAUCAUAAUAGAGCCAGGUGGAGAUAAUACUGCAUUCAAAACAACUAGGAACUCUGAAAUCUCCGACUUCAGGGCGUUCAAAACAACUGGGAACUCGGUAAAAAACAAACUCCAACUGGGAAAAAUCGUUUUGAACGGUCACCCAACUCGGAAUUCCAAGUCGGGAACUCGGGCCUCUUUCCAGAGCUCCGACUUUCCUACCAGAAGAUCACUGACGUCAUGAUUUGACCAUUUUUUUUCAGAAUUCCCAGUUGUCCGUUCAGUGAUCUUCAGGUCGGAAAGUCGGAGCUCUGGAAAGAGAACCCAUAGGAGGAUGCUGUAGUGGUGACUUCACAGAUUCCAUUUGGCCCUGCAUUUUAACACCUCAAGACAAAUAGGGCUAACUGGGAUUCAUUUCACUAUGACAUAAACAAACAGAACAUUUUGAAACCCUGCCUUGGCAAAUUACUCACACAAACAAACACACAUGCUCAAUUCACCACAUACACACACACACACACACACACACACAUCCACUUUUCCCACUCUUUCACAGUCCCCUCUUGGGAGGUGUGGUUUUAGAAGCCUGUCAUUUUAGUAGUCUGCCUCCGCCUCCAGCUGUGUUCACCCUCACCUCUUUGAGGUGUCUGAUAGGCUACCAUCACCGUGUGAAUUUCAUUUUGUACAUUUGAUAAUGAACAGAAUGUCUUGAUUUGAUUGGUUUGUUUACAUGUUCUGUGAAUAUUUUGUUUAGGUUUUCUUACUGACAUGUGUUUAUUUUCCAUACCAGUGUCUUAAAGUCUGCGGUGUGUUUUAUAACUGUUAAUAAACACUGUUAUAGCUGUUUAACAACUGUAUUAUGGAACCAACACAGCAGGCUCCCACCCACCUCUAAAGAGAUUCAAAAACAAUGCCCACAGCCCCUAAGGCUAAAAGACUGACAGACGUUACGAUUUUAUUUGUGUUUUGUAUUAUUUUAACUGGGUUUCUCUUGAUUCUCCUUGCAGACUGUGGCCUCUGUUCUGCUUGUGAAUCUGUCGUGUUGAACCAGCUCAAUUCCUUAAUUGUACAAGACACUCAGACAAACCUCCUGACCACUCAGACAAACCUGGGAAAAUACUUUUGUCAUAGUGCGACAUUAAACCUUGAAGAAGCUACAAGUGAAAUGGUAACUGUAUGGUGACAAAACUAGCCUUUCAAAAAAAAACUAUGAUGGUCUAUACUGUAGUAUUCGGGUGCAUCUCAAUAGUCAGAGGUGGCUUCCUCGCCUCCCUUCCCUUUUCACUGAUCCGAAAGCGAUAUGGAAGAUGCUUACCAGGACUUGCUUUCAUUCACCUGUCAACAGAGCAGAUGAAGGAAAGGAGGCAAUGAAGCUAUUGUCUGCGUCCUAAAUGGCACCAUACAUAAUAGGGCACUAUACAAAAUAGGGUGCCAUUUGAGAUGCAGAAUUAGAGAUGCACCCUUUAGUGUUUUAACCUCUCCCAGCAGGCUCCCCUGUCUUUCUUUCCAAUCACAAGUUCUCAUCAGGGCGUGCCAAGAGAAGAUGCUACUGCAAUACCUCUGUCUGUAAAUCCUGUCCAUUGUAUAGCACAGAUGUAUAGAAAUGACAUGCCAUGGACACAAACAUCCUGUCAUCUCUUUAAUAAUAAAGUCAAGUUUUUUAACAAUU